GAUCCCACGAAAUUUAUUUCACAUAGCAACCCACCCAGUCAAGCUGAGAGGUGUGUUGGAAUAUUUUUCUUCGGCUUCUUUUUGCAAAGCUUCUGUUCUAUGCCUCAAAAGCUAGAAGAAUUAGAUAUGACGACAUUCAGGCCUGCAGACUCAAAGCGUGAGGAGUUCCGGAAGUACCUGGAGAAAGCUGGGGUGUUGGACACCCUCACCAAGAUCCUGGUGUCACUAUAUGAAGAGCCAGAGAAGCCUAACAAUGCCCUGGAUUUCCUGAAGCAGCACCUGAACGUUGCCGGUCCAGAGACAGCCGACGUGGAGGCAUUGAGACUACAAGUCAGCGAGCUACAACAGAAGGUUGAGCAACUACAGGACGAAAAUAAGGAGCUGAGAGCUAAGCUGCAGCAAGAGAACCCAGAUGAGGGGCAGGGUUCAGAGAGCUAGAUCCCACAUCCCCGAGGCCCCGCUAUGUACCCUGACACCAUCCACAGCCAGAUUCCGCCAAUAUGCUCAACAGGGCACCGAGUGACUUUUUACACACGCUGUCGUUUGGAGGGCAGCUUACCUUUCACAUGUUUACUGCUGAGCAUCUUAAGUGAUCUGAGACACUAAGUGGCUUAAGACUGGAGCCUUUUUCCUAUUUAAUAUCCUGAACAGAAUCAGAAUCAACAACAAAUUGUCCGGGAGCACCCUCGUCCGCCCAUGAAUGAAGACCCUUUGAUUCUCACAUGGAUUGCCACUUCACUUGAGUCUGCCAAUACAGUACCUUUACAUUCAAAUAAGAGUUGCCACCGCUUCAUUUUAUCAGAUAUCGCAGGCACCCAUGAACUCUGAGAAGCUGUCUGUACAGCUGUAUUCAUACAUCUAUGUUAAUCUUUAAGAUCCCUUGGUAACUCCUGGUGAACAGUGUAAGCUAGUAGUCUUCUGCUUGUAAGGGAUCUAGAUUUGUUUGCCGUUUUAGUACAAAACCCAUCUUCAUCUCAUUACAUUCAUAUGGUUAAAUAUCUACAUGUAUAAAAGCUCGAUGUUUUCGCCACAAGGCGAUAGUUGCUUGUUGAAUUUCCAAAGUUCUUAACCAUCGUUUUGAUACGUUUGUGCUGUCUGGUCAAAGUUCAUAAUGUGUAUAUAAUUUUGUGCGACUUCUUGGUUUUUUCCUUUUGAGUAAUAAAUAUAUUUGUGUCGUGUUGGUAGGUGUCAAACUUGUGUGACAUUAGAAGCAAUGCAUCCCAUGCUUACAUUGAAAAAAUUGAACUAUACAAAAUUCAAAACAGGUUUUGUUCGUUACGUAGGAGAUUUUUCACAUUAUUCUUUGUGUUUAAAACCUGCACCUCUUCUCCGUUUGUAUUAAAAGUGGAAAUUGAAUAGUUCUCAA